UACGACAGCUGUAUGAAAUCCCGUCCCGUCCUCUCGUACCUCUCAUCACAGAUAUGGGACAGCUUAAGACACAAGUUUUCAUCAUAUCCUGCCUCAUUUUUACCUGCUACGGAGCAGAAAAGUUUAAAAAUAGAGGUCUGCGUCAGAAGGAUGGUGAACAUGUGGAGAGAUAUUCCAGCUGCCUCCAGGGUCCGGCAGGCACCCCGGGAAGAGACGGAAAUUCAGGAGUGAAUGGAAUUCCAGGCACUCCGGGUAUACCGGGCCGGGAUGGUGCGAAAGGGGAGAAGGGAGAAUGUGUGACGGAGAGGUUUGAGGAACCGUGGAAACCCAACUACAAGCAGUGUGCCUGGAACGCUCUCAACUACGGCAUUGACCUGGGAAAACUUACAGAGUGCACGUUCACUAAACGGUAUGCAGACAGCGCCCUACGCGUGAUCUUCAGCGGCUCUCUCAGACUGAAGUGUAAAACAGCUUGUUGUCAGCGCUGGUACUUCACUUUUAAUGGGGCAGAAUGCUCGUCUCCAUUACCUAUAGAGUCCAUUAUUUAUCUGGACCAGGGCAGUCCAGAGUUCAACUCCACCAUCAACAUACACAGAACCACAUCAUUUGAAGGUUUAUGUGAAGGUGUAAGAAAAGGUUUGGUGGAUGUUGCCAUCUGGGUGGGUACCUGCGGUGAUUAUCCCCAUGGCGACGCAUCCACUGGAUGGAACUCUGUUUCCCGGGUGAUUAUUGAAGAGCUUCCUCUGAGCAUCUGAGACCCUCGUGUGCUUCAUCACAACUUCUGAACAACAUUAUCUCUGUACUGUUUUACUUAACUAAAUACUGUCUUAUACAGUGGAGGAUGUGUCUAUUUUUAAUUAUAUCAUUCAUUGUUUGACCCAAGGAGCCGUUUUAAAAUAAGGAAUUUAAAUAUGCAAAGGCACGAAUAGGACUUAAAUGUGUUAAUGUCAUUGCAUCUGCUAACAAAAUGUGACUCCGUCUUGAAAUCCAAGCUUAAGUCUCAUGAUCUAAGCAUCAGAGUUUAAAGGAAUAUACUUUCAUUAAAAAAUCGUGAUAAUUUACCCCCAUGUCAUCCAAGAUGUCUUUUUUUGUUCAGGUGAGAAGAAAUUAAGU